UAUUCGGUCCGCACGGCCCUGCCGGAACUGAUGCGCAAUCGUGACCCUGAGGAGGCCAAGAUUAAAGAGCUGAUCGAGUUGGGAUCAGUUAUACCGCUACCAAACACAGUAACCCCGGAUGGCCCGAGAAUCAUUCUGGUGCGGCCUGGCGUGAACGACCCUAGCAAGUUCACCAUUCAGGAGAUAUUCAAGUACAACACCAUGAUGGCCGAUAUUAUGAUGAAGGAGGACGACAAUCUGAUCGUAGCUGGACAGAUGGGAAUCCUAGACCUGUCCAACACGACGAUGGCCCACUUCCUGCAGUUUAGUCCCUCCUUCGUGAAGAAGGCCACAAUGUGGAGCCAGGAAGGGUCCCCGUUGCGUCAGAAGGGCUUCCACUACGUCAACACGCCGAGUGGAUUUGAGAUGAUUUACAACAUGUUUAAGAACUUCCUCAACGAAAAGAACCGCUCUCGGUUGCAUGUCCACGGAAGCAAUCUGGAUUCGCUGUAUGAGCACAUACCGAAGAGCAUGCUGCCAGCUGAGUACGGUGGCGAGGCUGGCCCCCUCCAGGACUUGGUGGACGCGUGGACCAAGAAGGUACUCAGCUAUAAGCAGCACUUCCUGGAGGACGAACAGUACUGUACGGAUGAGAAGAAGCGACCGGGGCGGCCAAAGAACGCAGAGACUCUGUUCGGGCUGGAGGGUUCCUUCCGGAAGCUCGAAGUGGACUAA